AUGGAUAUGCCACCAGAUCAACAAAUGUGCAAAGUAUGCAAACUCCCAGCCCAUGGCAUGCAUUUCGGAGUCAUGACUUGCAGACCUUGUGCUGCUUUUUUCAGAUUUGUAGUCCUUAAUCUCGAUUAUGUAUGUCUGCAAGACAAGGAGAAGUGUAAUUUGAUUAAUGUUCGGAGGAAUUCCUGUCGGCAGUGUAGAUUCAAAAAGUGUGUGCAAGUGGGGAUGACAGCGGAAAACGUCCAACUCAACCGCGAUGCUCACUCAAACAAUAUUCGGAUGAAGAAUGUAAAGACGCAAAAUUUGAAGAGCGAGGAGGAUACCAUUUGUUCCAAUAAGGCAAGCACGUCUUUGAUGCCUGUCGUGAAAAUUCAAGACAAACUCUACACCAAAUCCAUUCUGUCCGAAAUACAGUACGACAAUCUCUAUAAAGAUAUGCAUGAAGUUUUUAUGUCGGAUACCCCAUCCCUUACUCACGGAUAUUUUACCUCCUUAACUCCCCUAUAUAGAUUCGUCGAGGGUCUGCGACUAAUAAGAAAGUCACAGGAAAAGGAUGAAAUCAAAUUCGAGAAUCGUUUGACCAUGGAAACACUUGUCCCUCAUUGGAGAGCGCAGGCGAAACGGACAGCAAUGCUUACAAUGCACUCAAUGGCUUUCAGAACUCUCCCGCUGACAGAAGCUUCUAGAAUUUAUAAGACAGUUUGGAAGAAUAUUUAUCGAUUGGAACGGAUUCAAAUGUCCACUGAAAUUUUUGGAGGCAAGUGUGUCAGUGAGAAGAAGCUAGCAAUUUCCUGCGAACGAGCCAUCCAUCUGGAUUCAUUGUUCUUUGAUAUUGAAGGGAUGUCCGAGAAUGAUUCCAGGCUAUCACUAGAAGAUUACAAAACGUUUGCCGAGAGAUGUGUUGAAGAAGUGGCCAAGCCGUUAAGCCAGUUGUACCCAUCUAUCGAGGAAGUUGCAUUCCUUAUACUAAUGUUUGUACUGCAUAAUGAAGAAAGUAUCAAAGGGGAAUCUCUAGAAAUCUGCGACCAGUUCCGUGAUAGCAUUGCCGAUGACCUUCACAAGUAUUACCAGAAAAAUGAAGUGGUAAAUUAUGCUCAGCGAAUUGCAAAGAUGAUGGGGAUAAUCAUUGCAAUGAAGAAAAUUCAUUACGAAGAUCGAGGCGGUGGUUUCAUAACGAACACCAAGAAUUCAAAGUUGGGAAUAACCAAUAAACCAACUGGUUGUAUUUAUUGA